GAGGAACCCAACAAACCAUACGAUGAAUUAUAUAAAAGUAAGUGAUACUUCUCAAAUCAUAGUAAUUUUAGUGGGAGACUCAAGUGUUGGUAAGACAAGCUAUCUGAUUCGGUACUAAAUCUAAUCCAAUUUAGAUUAACCAAAAAUGUAAUCAAGAAACAAUCCCAACCAACAAUCGGAGUAGAAUAUGCAGCUCAAUCCAUUCUACUACCAGAGGAAGGUAAAAUAGUGAAAUCUGUAAUUUGGGAUACCGCAGGAGCUGAAAAGUAUAAAGCCAUAACUACAGCACAUUAUCGAAAAUCAGAAGGAGCACUAUUGUUUUACGAUUUAAGUGAUAAGAAUUCAUUUGAAAAUGUGCUGAGUUGGCGUCAAGAGGUAUUGAUCUAAAUUUCGAUAGAGAUUAUUUAAUACACAGAAGACAGCAUUGUUAUUAUGUUAGUUGGCAACAAAUUGGAUUUGAUUCAGGAGAACCCCUCAAAUCGAUGUGUGUCUGUCAAUGAAGUCUAAUAAGUGUGUUCUAAAUACAACAUGAUUUACUAUGAGACAUCAGCUAAGGAAGGAACCAAUGUUAAGGAAUCCUUUGAACAGUUGAUUAGAAGUUACAAUUCAUAUUCAUACUAGAAAUUUAUGAACACAAACAGCAAUGUAUCGAGGAAGUGAAGUCUUCAAACCAUUAAGAUUAUCCUAGUUCCGAACACAAAAGUUCCUAUUAACCGUUAGUAUAAUCGAAUUUCGAAUAAAGCAUUCAGAUAAAAAAGCAAUCUGACACUUGCUGUGGUACUUAAUGAUCGAAC